GAGAGAGAAAGAGAGGGAAAAAAAGAGGGAGAAGAAGAAGAGGAGGAAGAAGAAGAAGAACAUGACAAUGGACGAAGUCUCUGCGAAACAAAUUUGACCCUUCAACCCCAAAAAAAAUUCCAAACCCUCAUUUCGUCCAUAGUGCCAAAAACACGCUUAAUUCCUCAAUUCCUCAUCAUCGUUAAUUCCAAAACCCUUCCUUUUAAACAUUCAUAGCCCCUUCUUCUCCCAUUUCUCUCUGUUCCUGUUCCUCAAUUUUCCAUUCGUUUUUCCCCUCUUAAACCUAAAUACCCAAUUCGAAAAGUCAUAUUUUUUAGCUCAAUCCAUUAGCUCCAUUUCUUCAAUUCCAUUCAAAGUAGAAAAUUUAAGCUUGAAUUAGGAGCUGGAUCUCGUAAAUUGACACCACCCUAUCAACCUUGACCUAAACACCGAGACUUUUUUUUUUGUUUGAAUUUUCCAUGGGUAACUGUUGCGGGACGCCGUCGACUCUCCACGAUGGAGAAAAGGCCAACAAAGGGAAGAAGAAGAAGGAGAAGCAGAACCCCUUCGCAGUUGACUACGGGAACGGAAACGACGUCGUUCGUGGCUCGAAGCUCGUCGUUUUGAAGGACCCAACGGGUCGCGAGAUCUCGCAGCGUUACGAGCUAGGUGGCGAGCUGGGUCGUGGUGAGUUCGGAGUCACGUACCUUUGUACGGACAAGGAGACUCGCGUGGACUACGCGUGCAAAUCGAUCUCGAAGAAGAAGCUGAGAACCGCCAUAGACAUCGAGGAUGUGAGGAGAGAGGUUGAAAUCAUGAGGCACCUUCCCAAGCACCCUAACAUCGUUUCUUUGAAGGAUACUUUCGAAGAUGAUAGUGCAGUGCAUCUUGUUAUGGAGCUCUGUGAGGGUGGUGAGUUGUUUGACCGUAUCGUUGCCAGGGGGCAUUACACGGAGAGAGCCGCUGCGGCUGUUACCAAAACCAUCGUUGAAGUUGUUCAGAUGUGCCACAAACAUGGUGUGAUGCACCGGGAUCUCAAACCCGAGAACUUUCUGUUUGCAAAUAAGAAGGAAACAGCAGCUCUGAAGGCUAUUGAUUUUGGAUUGUCGGUCUUCUUUAAACCAGGGGAAAAAUUUAAUGAGAUUGUUGGAAGUCCAUAUUACAUGGCUCCUGAAGUACUAAAGAGAAAUUAUGGCCCAGAAGUAGAUAUUUGGAGUGCUGGAGUAAUUCUAUACAUCUUACUUUGUGGUGUCCCGCCAUUUUGGGCAGAAACUGAACAAGGAGUUGCACAGGCAAUUAUACGAUCUGUGGUUGAUUUUAAAAGGGAACCAUGGCCAAAAGUUUCUGAUAAUGCGAAAGACCUUGUGAAGAGGAUGCUUGAUCCUGACCCUAAGCGUCGCCUUACUGCACAAGAAGUGUUAGAUCAUCCAUGGUUGCAAAAUGCAAAGAAGGCCCCUAAUGUUUCAUUAGGAGAAACUGUCAAAGCAAGGCUCAUGCAAUUUUCUGUAAUGAACAAGCUUAAGAAGAGAGCUUUGAGGGUGAUUGCAGAGCAUUUGUCUGUAGAAGAAGCGGCUGGAAUAAAAGAGGGAUUCCAGCUCAUGGAUACAAGCAAUAGAGGCAAAAUUAACAUCGAUGAACUACGAGUAGGGUUGCAAAAACUAGGCCAUCAGGUUCCAGAGUCAGAUCUCCAAAUUCUUAUGGAAGCUGGUGAUGUAGAUAAGGAUGGGUACCUAGAUUAUGGAGAGUUUGUAGCCAUUUCUGUUCAUCUGAGAAAGAUGGGAAAUGAUGAGCACCUUCGCAAAGCCUUCCAGUUUUUCGAUCAGAACCAAAACGGAUAUAUUGAAAUGGAGGAGCUGCGCAGCGCCUUGCAUGAUGAGGUCGACGCAAACAGCGAAGAUGUCAUAAGUGCAAUUAUGCAUGAUGUGGACACAGAUAAGGAUGGAAGAAUAAGUUAUGAGGAAUUCGCCACGAUGAUGAAGGCCGGCACAGAUUGGAGAAAAGCAUCGAGACAGUAUUCGCGAGAGAGAUUCACCAGUCUCAGUCUCAAAUUGAUGAAGGAUGGCUCAUUGUCGUUAAACAAUGAGGGUCAUAGAUGAUCUGUAGACAUAAUGCCAAAUUUUAAUUAACCUUUGGAAAGGAAGAAAGAAAGUAUGAUUAAAGUUUUUUUUUUUCUUUUCUUUUCUUCUUCAACUCUACCCCCUUCUUUUAUUUAAAUUUACCUUCUCUUAAUUGUAAUUCUUUUAUGUAUUUUUGUUACAUAUCCUUUGAAGAGAGCCCUAGUUUGGGUGGAAUAGGAUACUUAUUGCCCCAAGAAGUGUCGUGUAUGUGGUUUGGAGUAUUGUCUGUUUUUUUUCUGGCUUGUUGAGUUGAGGGUGUGGUGUUAUGGUUAGGGGAAACAAACAAGGAAAACAAACGAGAACAUUGAAUAUUGGAAGAUUAUACCAAAGUCUUCAAUUGUGGAAUGUAAAUAUCUUAAGUUGUUCACA